AUGGCAGAAAAAACUGAAGUGCAGGAAUACGAGUAUGAAGCUCUUCCUUCAAAUUAUGGCCUCGGCCACAACAUGCUCGCCGGUGCUAUCGCCGGCAUAGCUGAGCACUCGGUCAUGUACCCUGUCGAUUUACUGAAGACUCGAAUGCAGAUUUUACAGUCGACCAUUAGUGGCCCAUAUUCAGGUAUCACAAACGCGCUAUCUAACAUUUAUCGCAUUGAAGGAUGGCGAACACUGUGGAAGGGCGUAUCAAGUGUGAUAGUGGGUGCUGGUCCUGCGCACGCGAUCUAUUUUGGAACAUACGAAGUCGUUAAGGAGCUCGUUGGUGGUAAUGUUGAUGACGGGCAUCACCCUUUCGCUGCUGCCCUGAGUGGAGCAAGUGCGACGAUUGCCAGCGAUGUCCUCAUGAAUCCAUUCGAUGUUAUCAAGCAGCGCAUGCAGGUCUAUGGCUCCAUAUAUAAGAACAUCGUGCAAUGCGCUAGGACAGUGUACCAGACGGAAGAUCUCCAGGUCUUCUACGUCUCAUUACCCACCACACUCUGCAUGACCGUUCCGUUCACCGCAACUCAAUUCGUGACGUACGAGUCAGUAUCCAAAAUCAUGAACCCGAAGAAUGAAUACGAUCCCUUCACCCACUGCAUUGCUGGAGGCCUCGCUGGUGCCGUCGUGGCUGCGUUCACCACCCCUCUCGACGUGAUUAAGACUCUGCUUCAAACCCGAGGUUUGGCGGCUGACCAGGAGAUACGCAGCGCCGCCGGUCUUUUCAAGGCUACGGCUAUUAUCAAGCAUCAGUUUGGAUGGCAGGGUUACUUCCGUGGCAUGCGACCUCGCAUCGUCUCUACCAUGCCCAGCACUGCGAUUUGUUGGACUUCCUAUGAAAUGGCUAAAGCAUAUUUCUUGCGGUACGGAUUUUAGUAGGCCUCGAGAUGGUCUGACUCAGGUUCCAAGAUCUAGGACCACGAGUCGGACCUCAUGGAGUAGAAUUAGUUCUAAAAUUAUUUGCGAUUGAAACUAAGAAUCUGACCUGUUCUUGGGAUCGGGGAAACUUCCCACGAACUCAAGAUUGAUCUUUACAACCGGACCAUUCUUAGGACUCAGCGCAUCAUUCUUAGCAGUGCUCCGCUCUAUCCUGUAAAUACAGUCUCUGUUCUCAAAAA